CACCCGUCUGUUUCACCCUUGCCCACAUUCACCUAGACCAUAGAGCUUCACCAUUUUGUUUCUGUCAUUCUGAACAAGGCCAGCGACUGUCACUUUCUCGCUAUUCUUCCAAGCAAGACAAACUUAUUUGCAGGAUGGAGGGAAGCCAGGAAACGAACAAUAAGGUUCAUCAAUAUAUGUCUCGAGUCCCUCCAGGUGGGUGUUCUGGCUGAACUACACUGCUAGAUGGUAGAUUGUGUUGAUGACUCAAGAUUCUCUUGCAGUGACCGAGUUGCUCCAGCCUCUCGUGGAGGAGCAUUGUCCUUCCUUAUCCUACGUCUUCGGUAGCCACAAUGGCACAUUUGAGGGUUCCAACGGAAGUUCCAGUCCGCUAUCACUUGCUCGUUCCUCCGCACCGUCGCUCCACAUCCGGCCACCUUUCAGAUCUAUCUAUCAAAACGGCCUGUUUAAUCAGGGUUCUUCUGGUACAAAAAACGGUCAGAUGAAACCAGGAAGCGUUCUGAGCCGCCAGCCUAGCGCUCCUUUGCUGAAUCAAGCCAGGUCGAAGGAGGAGCAGAGUUAUCGUGGAGCAACCCAGCAGCGUAAGAGCAAUGUCGUCCAGGCGGCGGACAGGACUAGUGGAUACAGCGAGCGGGAGUACGACAUUGCGAAGAACCUCGGAAGGCGUAUCCUUUUCCUCAGGGCUUCUGGGGUGGAGCGAAAUUCGCUGACCAGCAUUGAUGAAGACCGCUCACGGCAAUCCACUGCCAGUCAUGUUUCUGUGUCGGUGUCCGACGUGGAAUUGCUGCUUCUAGAGGGAUGCGAUGAAGCCGGACCUGGAAGGAACAGCACCUCCGAGAGCUAGGAGACUAAGUAUGUCAGAAAUAUGAACACAAUUUGCAGCCAUCCCAUGCUGGUGUAGUCUCCAGUACUUGCAGACCUGACAUGAACAUGACAAUCUUAAAAAUUCCUGCUUACUUUUGCACAUUGAGUUAA